AUGGAGGCACUGGGGCUGGAGGGCCGGGGUGAGAGACCCCAGGGGAGGGGCUGCCUCUUGCUGGCUGUGGCUGGAGCCAUUGUAUUGGGGUCUGUGGUGCUAUCGGUGCCCAUCACUGUCCUGACUGUGCUGGCGUUGAUGCCCCAGGAGCGGGGAGCACUGGUAACAGAGAUUGCCGACCUGAGGAGACAGACCCAGCAACAACAACUGGAGGAAAAGGAAGAAGAAGAGGAAGAGGAAGCAGAUCUCAGCUCAAGGCUCCCUGCUGCCCACCUCAUAGGUUCUUGGAAGAUCGGACAAGGCCUAGGCUGGGAGACGAAGAAAGAAGAGGCGUUUCUGAGGAGCGGGACGCAGUUCUCCGGGGCCGAGGGCCUGGCGCUCCCCCAGGACGGCCUCUACUAUCUUUACUGCUCCAUCGGCUACCGGGGCCGCGCGCCCCCUGCUGGCCGAGCCCUGCUCGGCCACUCGGUCACCCUGCGCAGCUCGCUGUAUCGGGCAGGGGGCGCCUAUGGCCCGGGGCUCCCCCAGCUGCUGCUCGAGGGCGCCGAGACCGUGACCUCGGUUUUGGACUCAACCAGGAGGCAGGAGUACGGGCCCCUCUGGUUUACCAGCGUAGGGUUCGGCGGUCUGGUGCAGCUCCGGAGGGGCGAGAGGGUGUAUGUCAACAUCAGUCACCCCGAUAUGGUGGAUUACAGGAGAGGGAAGACCUUCUUUGGGGCUGUGAUGGUGGGGUGA